UGUGCUGUUUUCCAGCUUUCCGAGGGCUGGAUGUGGUUCAGACUUCUGUUGACUACACUUUUAAGCUGCACUUCUCCUACUCGAACUGAGAUGCAUUGAACUUCUGCUCAGCGGAGGCGCUCACUGUCGCUCUUGUCUGUUUACACAGUACAGCAAAGCAUUGGUGCUGAGUGAAGUAGAAGACGUGCUGGGCAGCAGUAUAGAUGAGAACGGAAGGUAAUUGUGCAGUCUUCACUAGCAAUCAGGAGGUGCAGAGGGCCUCAUGAGGGAAUGGAUGCAAAGGUGGUUAGUGGCAUGAGCUAAAGAGGAAUUUUUCUUCUGCCUUUCCCUGCCAUUGCUUGAUGCAAGGGCCAGCUUGAGUAGAAAGACAUACUGUGGCCUGUGUUGAAGAAAACUUCUCUGCCUUUGCUGAAUAUCACCCCAGUUUGUCUACAUGCACUAUUGAUAUUCUAGCUGCACAAUCGGAUCACCAGGCUUGAUUGGAAUGAAAUCUGGGGCAUCGGCGGCAGAGAUUCACAUCUCCUGAGAAUCAUCUGACUGACAAAGAUUGAGUGGAUGUCCUUCCCUGAAAGACAACUGGAGCGAGGACCCCAGUCUCUCACUGAGCCGCUGCCACCCAGACAGCCAGGCUGAGAGGCAGAGAGGGAGGCAGCGAUGGAGGGAGGAGUCUGGCGCUCCAUCCACUGACUGCUGUGUGUGCUGUUUUGACCUCUCCGAUCUCCCCUGCCAUGAUCUCCUGGGUGCUCCUGCUCCUGUGGAUCUCCGGACAUAGGGUGGAGGCCAUGUUUUCCCAGCAGCCCGAGGACGUGGUUGCAGUGGCGGGUCAGCCGGUGACGUUAGCAUGCACCAUCCCCGGAUACCAUGGUGUUGUCCUGUGGAUCAAAGAUGGACUGGCACUGGGAGUUGGCAGAGACCUCUCUGGCUAUCCACGUUACACAGUGAUUGGCGACCAUGGCUUAGGGGAGCAUCAUUUGCGCAUCCAGCGUGUCGAGCUAAUGGACGAUGCAGUGUUUGAGUGCCAGGCCGUCCAGGCUGCUAUGAGGUCCCGUCCUGCCCGGCUCACUGUGCUGGUACCCCCAGACGACCCAGUCAUCGGUGGCGGACCUGUAGUGAGCCUGAGAGCUGGCAAUCCUCUAAACUUGACGUGCCACGCUGACAAUGCCAAACCUGCGGCAUCCAUUAUCUGGAUCCGGAACGGAGAGGUCCUUAACGGGGCCAUGUACUCCAAGGUAAGCACUGAGACAUUACUCCGAGAUGGCAGGAGAGAAAGCACAGUGAGCACACUCUACCUUUCGCCUUCCAACAUCGAGACCGGUCAGCAGAUCACCUGCAAGGCCUCCAACAAGGCAGUGCCCGAUGGCAAGGAGACCAGCGUCACUGUUGACAUUCAGCAUCUCCCUCUUGUCAAUCUCUCAGUGGAGCCUCAGCCCGUUUUGGAGGGCAACCUUGUGAAAUUCCACUGCUCUGCAAAGGCCAACCCUCCCGUUUCGCUCUACAGGUGGGCCAAAGGUGGGAACAUGCUUAAGGAGGUCUCUGGGGACACCUAUGAGGUUAUCGUGGACCACUCAUUCUUCACAGAGCCUGUUUCUUGUGAAGUUACUAACUCACUUGGCAGCACCAACGUCAGUCGGAACGUCGAUGUCUACUUUGGGCCUCGUAUGGCUGCCGAACCUCAGUCCUUGCAAGUUGACCUUGGAUCUGAGGCCAUUUUCAACUGUGCUUGGACGGGAAACCCUUCUCUGACUAUAGUGUGGAUGAAAAGAGGCUCUGGAGUGGUUCUUAGCAAUGAGAACCUACUAACUUUGAAAAACGUGAGGCAAGAGGACGCAGGGAAGUAUGUGUGUCGUGCUGUCGUCCCACGUGUCGGAGCCGGGGAGAAGGAAGUUUCUCUUACCGUAAAUGGGCCACCUACUAUAUCCAGCACACAGACUCAGCAAGCAUUACAUGGAGAGAAAGGUCAAAUCAAAUGUUUCAUUCGGAGCACACCUCCACCAGACCGCAUUGCCUGGUCCUGGAAGGAAACUGUUCUGGAGUCUGGAACCUCUGGCCGCUACACUGUGGAGACUGUCAACACAGAGGAGGGAGUCAUUUCAACACUUACCAUGAGCAACAUCGUCCCAGCCGACUUUCAGACCAUCUACAACUGCACAGCAUGGAACAGCUUUGGCUCUGACACAGAGAUCAUACGCCUUAAGGAACAAGGUGGGAGCCAAGAAUCUCUCCCAGUGGCUGUGAUCAUCGGCAUCGCCGUGGGAGCUUUCGUCGCCUUCAUUGUCCUAAUGGGCACCAUCAGCGCGUUCUGCUGCACCCGCUCCCAGAGAAAGGAAGUGCACCUGGUUAUGCCCUCACUGCCCGUCUCCAUCUGUGCUCACCAGAGAGAAGUUGCAAGCAAAAUUAAGACAGAAAAUCUGAAGGGAGUUGUGUCUGCAAAGAACGACAUCCGGGUGGAGAUUGUGCACAAAGACCACAAUGCGGCACGGGAAAAUGAAGAACACAACUCCAUGAAACAGCUGAUGGUGAGUGUUGAACGAGGAGAGUUCCAGCAGGAAUCUGUUCUGAAGCAGCUGGAGGUGUUACAAGAGGAGGAGAAGGAGUAUCAGCACAUUAAGGACCCUACAAAUGGAUAUUACAGUGUCAACACCUUCAAAGAACACCACACGCCUACCAUGACGGGGAAUCAGACCGCUGAGGUGAGGAACUCCACCAACACUGGUACCCUCGGCAAGCAGAGAGUGCCAACAGGCAUGUCCUUCACCAACAUCUACUCCACACUGGGGGCAGGCCCUAACCGCCUGUACGACUAUGGCCAGCGCUUUGUGCUUGGCAUGGGAAGCAGCUCCAUCGAGCUCUGCGAGCGGGAGUUUCAGCGUGGUUCGCUUAGCGACUCCAGCUCUUUCAUUGACACGCAGUGCGACAGCAGCAUCAGCAGCUAUAGUAAGCCGGAUGGAUAUGUGCAGUUUGAUAAAGACAGCAAGGCAUCUGCCUCUUCCUCUUCCCACUACUCCCAGUCAUCCUCACAGAACUCGGACCUCACCCGGCCCCUCCAGAAGCGGAUGCAGACCCACGUCUGACCGCUAGAGAGGGAGGGUGUUUGGAUGAGGAGCAACAAGCAGAAAGGAUUGUAAAACUGUUAAAGAUUCCACCUGCAGGAUCCCCUGAAGUAUCAGUGUUUGUAAAAAUUUCCUAUGGGACGCUCAAACAACGACUGGGUUUGAUGGACCUUGUGACCUGCUUAGACAUCAAAAUGUCCCCAAAAAACGAAUCAAGAAGCCUUAUAUUUCCUUCAUGUUUAAAUCAUCAUUCCUCUCUCCCUUUUUUUUUUUUAACCCAAAAUACAGAUGUGCCACUGAGAGCUUAUUUGCCAAUACAGACACUACAAGUCUGGAAUUUAACUUGCAACACUUGGUUUCUACAUUCAGAUUGUUAAGGAAUCAGAGAGCAUGAAUUCAAGGCUUUGUGUGACAAUCAGCUCUGCUGGCAUGGACCAAAUUUUGCUUUCUGAAGACUGUGACACAGAGAAAAAGUGAACAUUCAGCGCAGCACUCUGCACAAACUGCCAGACAAUGAAACAAAGCCAACAUCCUGCUGCCCUCUUGUAGUUUAAAGCACAACAAUGAAUGUGCAUGUUAUUUUCUGUCUGUUAAAUUUACAACUUGCAACACUUCCUCCGUGCCCGUUCACACUGUGUGCUAAGGUUAAGUUGUUGCAGGUGGAGAACUUUAAAAAGAACGCCUAUUUUCCCCGUCUUUUUCUAUAUCUGAGCUUCACAAGAAGAAGAGCUAAGAUCUCAAUUGAAUUUUCUGAGUCAUGUUUUCACUUUGACGCGGCGAUAAAAGAACAUCAGUGUCCACUUUCAAACAUCUAAUUUUUUGACUCAUUUUCCACAUAGCGCAGAAAUAUACACAAGCGCCUCUUAAUGUCUAUAUCUAUUUUGCCUUGAGGGUCUGUUUUGAACUGGGUCAUUGCUAACUUACUAAGAGAGAUAGACAAACACUAUCAGCUGUCCAGCUUAUGUGGAGCUGCAUCCAAUAUUAUGUUUUAAUACCCAAUCUAGUUCCGAGACACAUAAAAGAGGAAAGCUUACAAGCUACAACUUGCAUUGCAUUUGUCAGGUUUUUUUCUUCUAAAUCUAAAGGUCAUCAACAACACUGAUAAAUAAAAAAUAAACAUAAUAUUCUAGCUACUAGUGUGAAUAUCCCAUUAGUAUUGUCAGUAUCACUGUUGACACUGGGGCUUAGUGCAUCCUGACUGUAUAACUACCAGUGAUUGUGCUGGUCGAACAUGACAAACAGAGACGGUUUUAUUUAUUUUUCUGUUUUUAUGUUGGCUAUGCUUGUAAACACAAUCGUUCUUUUUAGGGGGCUUUAUGGGAAAACCCAGACUAUUCUCCAGAGAAUGUUUUUAAAAUUACCAAACCCUGCGAUUUCAAAUAGGUGAUAAGCCAAAGCUAUUGAUUAUAUCCAUUUCCUUCUAACCAGAACCAACAAAGUCAUUUGUUUUUUGUUUUGACUGCAUUUUUAAAGCAGAUGUAGAAAAAAAGACAUCAUGGCUUCCAAAAGUGUUUACACCACUUUAGCAGUUAUAUGUUUUUUUUUACAACUAUUGGCUUUAAUGUAUUUUAUUGGGAUUUCAGGUGAUAGACCAUCACAUAGUAAAACUAAAUAUGAAGCAAAACGAAAAGGAUGUUUGUAUUUUAUGCUAUCUAUCUUCUCAUCAAUUCUGAUCAGCUUAUUAUAUUUUUCUGUUGUAUUCAGGGCAAUAUACAGUUUUUGUUUUCCUUUACACAUAAAGUAUAAAGUCCAUAGAAUUAAGCUUUUGUUUCACCUUGGCAGAUUCGUCCUCUACAUGGCUAGUGGGAAAUUUUAAAAUGGACUUCUUAUUGCCUUUUAUGUUUUCACCCUUCCAUACAGACCAAAUUUGUAGAGUGCGUGACUAAUAAUAGUCCUGUUGACAUACUCCUAACUGAGCUGCUCCUUGAAAAUUACCUCAUGCUCGCUUCUCUGAUUAAUGCUGUCAUUGUUUGGAUUGUUAGGUGGAAAGCCCUACUCAUUCUAUUUCUGGUUGAUAAAAUGGACAAUGGUCUUGAAGACUUUCAGAGCUUGUGAUAUUGCUUUAGAACUUAUCCCUGCUUGAGUACAUUCCCCAAUUUGAUGACGGACAAGUUCGCCGUGUUCCUUGGACUUGAUGAUGCUGCUGUUUUUCUUAUUUUUUCACUAACAUCUGAGGCCUUCACAGAACAGUUGGAUUUAUACCGCAGUUAAAUCACACAUCAUUGGAGUAUAUGUAAUAAGUAGGUGACUUCUGAUUGGAAUUGAUUGCACGUUAUUUUAUUUAUUGAAUACUUUACAGUUACAUACUGAUGUGUGGUGGUCUAUGAUAUAAAAGCCCAAUGAAAUGUAACAAAGGUAGUUUUUCAUAAUGCGACAAAAACUUCAAGGGGUAUGAAAAUUUUUUUGUGAGGCACUGUGUAUUGUGGAGUACAUCAAGUAUAAUACGAACAUACAAACCUUCAUGUUUUCCUGCAUUUCAGAGGUUUACCCUGGUUUUAUCUUGGAAUUACAUUUGCUUUAAUUAUCUCAAUAUUUUGAGAGAUAAACUACUGGGAUUCCUGGAACAACAAAACACUCUCAUAAAGCUGGACCACUUUGGCUGAUAAUAUUUUCUUUAAAAUUACAUAAAAAAUAUGUUACAGACCAUAAAUGGAUUUCAGAAUGUCCUAUCUAAUUCAGCAGUUUGUUUUUUUUUGUUUUUGUUUUUUUACUUUGUUUGCACUGCUGGAGGCAGUUCACUUGGAUGAUCCUGCGUGAGCUUGAAACUUCCAGUUUAUGAAUCACCAAGCACCGUAUUAGAACAGAAGCAAGUUGUUGUUGUAAGCACUUUACACAUGAUCAUAUUCAAGGUAUUUGAAUGGGCUUUUUCCACUUAAGAGGCAGCGGUUUGGACUAAUUUUACAAAUGGAUUGGUGCCCAUUGUACAGCUUAAGACAAAAAGCUCUGUUUCAAUGCUGAUAAUCCUGCUUGGUACUUAGCAGACUGUAUAUAAAUCUGUAAUACUGUCUUUCUCUGUAUAUAUUUAUUUAUUUUUUUUCUUUUUCCUGGUUUUCAUUUCUUUUUCUCAGAUUUCUCAACAGCACAUUAGCUGUAGAGACAAACAAGCAUAUGGUAUCAAAAUUAUACAGAGAGACAACAAUGUUCUCUUUGUUUCCUUUCCAAAAAUUUCAUCAAGCCUGCCUAUUUCUCACAAAUUACUCUGACAGCUCACAGGAGCUGCUUUCUCUUUCCAGAAGAUCUCCUUGGGAAAACCAACACUGCACACACGAGGCUCUAAGAUGAGCUUAGGCAGGGACAGCUUUAAAGUGAGAAUCAGUAAGAGGUUAUUAUUCUGUCAGCCGAUGGGAAAGAUGCCCAGAUGCUUAGCAAUAUAUUGCAUUCAGCACCGUGAUGACUGUCAAGAAUGUCUGUCAUUUAAUUUUUUUAGCCAUUAAAUUUUCUUAGUCCUUAGGAGUGCAAGAUAGUUUUAUUUUAUUUGUAGUAAUUGGAUCUAACAAGGUUCCUAAACAGAAUGAAAAAAAUAUUUAUUUUUGUCCAGGUUUGGACUGGUACGAAACAGACAUUAUUCCCGUCUCUGUUACCUACAUGUUUCCAUCCAUCCAUCCAUUCUGCAGGUUCCAAAUUAGAAAUGUAUUCUGUACAUCCAUAGUGAACAUUUACUAAAUUUCAAAAAUUGGCAAAUGUUUAUGUAAAACCUCAGAAAAUUCAAGUCUGAAAAAGUAUGAAAUUUUGACCAACACCAAUGUAUAUUAACACUAAACUGCAGUAACUGAAUUGAACUAUACACUGUAUCUUCUUUGGCACAUGUGGCUUUAAUCUAUAUUAUCUGUACAUAUUAUGAAUUCUUUUGUAACACUACUUUACAAAAGUUAUCAGAGCUCUGAUUUUUAGCAACCUUCAGCUUGUGCACAGGAAAACUUUGCCAUCCUCUAUGAACUGCAGCUUCUGUUCUGAUCCAAGCCUAAUACAUUUUUCCAGUCCAACGAAUCUCCUGCACUGCAAACAGAUAAAUAUUUGAUUGGCCUGCCUUCUGUCUCGUUCACCCCUAAAGGAUGAACAUAACGGCUAUUGCGGGCACAGAAGUACUACAGGAUUUGAGUGUCAUAUUGGUCCCUGGGAACCGAAGUCCAUGUUGGAAAACUUGUGCCCCAUUCACUUGUGGACAGCUCACCGGCUGGUGCUGCCUGUUUGCCUGGCUGCGAGCGCCAGACAGUUGCCAGGGCAUAACAGAUGAUUACACACAGAGACCCAGAACAAUUACAAGAGGUUGCUGCCCUUUUGUGAUAAAACAAGACACACCUCUUGGCGUGUAGGAUGCAGGAUAGUCCUUUAUUCAGGUAUGCUAAGGACAAGGCUCCAAUAACUCUUUUUAAGGUCUGAGCUCAUUAGCAGGGCACAGUGCUUACGGCACUACCAAUUUUGCUCAGUGUGAAUAAACUAGACACAAUGCAAAAAGAAAUACAAAACAAUCCGGUGGUCAAUAUCUUGCCAUUGAUUGCAAACCGAAUCCCAUCAUCUAUGCUCUCCCCUUGUGUAUGAUAGUUGUUAAUAUCUAUGGCAAAGCCCAUUAAAGCAGGUGCCAUUUGAGACAUUGAACUGAUCUUCAUAAACCUUUUAUAACUUGUAAAUGCUUUCUGUCUUUUUCUCUCUGUUUUUCCUUUCCUACCAAUCAAUACCUUGUUAGUACUAUGACAAAAUACAGGCAUAAGACCAAUACUAAACUAGUAUCUUCAGUUAUUCCUCGAGUUUUUGUUUUUAGUCUUCAGACCACUUCUAUAAUAAUUUGGGUUCAGGUUGAAAACUGAAAACAUGACAGAAAAAAGCAUGUUAAAGUCAAUUGUUCCAGUUCUCUGUGAUUGGUUGAGUUGUUUUGCUCUCCUGAUGAUGGCAAGAGGUUUCACUGGUACAUGACACAAGGUCAGAUAAAGUAAGUAUAGUUAUGGUAAAAAGACAGCAGGAACUCUGUCAGUUGUAAGGUUGUAGGUUGUGACCAGGUUCUGAAAGGGUUUAUAUUGUUCUUUAUAAUUGCCAUAUGUUAUUUACUUAAAAAUGACGACAAAAUAUGAAGGCGAAAAGCUAUGUACCCAAGGUAUGUACUUAAUACAUAAAACCCUGUAAUUUAAAGGGGUUGUACUUUCUUUUUACCAUGAACAUUCCAUAGAGCAGUGUAGGCUUCUAAUGUAGAUAACAUGGCUUACCUCCCAGGUUGUCGUGGUAUUUGAGGGCAGCUUUGCUGAUCAAAAUUAAAAAGUUAUGUCCAUUGAACAGCAGAUAUCUUCUUAAGUUUGCAUUGCAUUUUCAGCCAAUGCUGCAACCAACUGAGGUCUAUUUGAAAUUUGGUCUAUUCGUUUAUCUCUUGUUCAAAACCUUUAAAUGACUGGACUUUAAAAUGAAUGACGUAUGAAAACUUUACUCCAAUUUUGAAAACACAAGAAAGACCUGAGGGGGAUUGUGAAUGGUAUAGAAGGACGGACUUGUCCAUUCAACAAAGAACCACUGCUGCUGUAGAGGGUCAUUUUAAGAAUGUUAUAAAUAGUAACAAUGCACAUACAGUAACUUGAUGACAAGAAGGCAAGAUGUAAAUUCUUUCGGGUCAACCAUUAUUUUAGGCAGUGGCUGUCAUAUAUCUGUAAAGAGAAAAAAAAAAGAAAACAGUUGUAUUUUAACAGUACUGGUCUGUGAAUCUAUGAUGCUUUUUCUCUGUAUAUUUGGAAAAUAAAACUGAUGUUUGAGUUUGUG